AUGACGAAGCGUGAGGUUCCUCAGGAACAGGCUCAUCGCAACGUCAAUCUCGCUGUCAGCACCAUAUUGCAGCAAAACAACCCCGCCAAAAUUCAGGACCCUGUUUUUGGUUUACUCGGAGCAGCGGCAGCAGCAAAAGGAGCUGGUGACAUUGCUGAUGUUGACUGCCUUCAGCUAGCCACAGCCGACCAGGCCUUUACCAACGCCAAAAAGGCUGGUGAUGUGGAGGGUAUGACCAUGGCGCUUAUAUACCGUGCUUUGGAGCGCAACACUGGCUCUGUCGGCCUGAAGUCUGUUCCCUGCAAAUCGAUUCAGGCAGUCAACCCUGAAAUCGCUGCACUCCAGCAGCAUCAGGACCCUGCUGCUGAUGGCGCGCAAGCACUCAACAAGCAAAUUGCUGAAGAACUUGCACGUCAAAUUGCUUCCAUUGGUGGCGACCCAUCGAUGGCAAAUGAGGCUUCCACAUUUGCCCCUGGAAAGAUUGGCGACCCAACCGCAGCUGGAAACACUUGUGAUGACGCGACUGAUGAUGCCGGAUGUAUUAACACCCUUAAGCUUCGUGUUAACGACCUCAGUGAGGCCGAGAUCGCUGCUGCAGUCAAGGGAGCUACCAAUGGUACUGCCAAUGAUGCUGCCAAUGGUGCUGCUAAU